AAAAAUGCGGGAAUAGUUAAAAUAAAAAUGGGAGCUUCCGCUUCUUCUCUUCUUGAGAUCCAGGAUCUGGAGGAAGAAUUUGAGAACAGAAGAAGUGUGACUGCUGAAGAGUAUUUCAAUCACUCGACCAACAGAGUUAAACCUGGAGAUAAUAAACUCACAUCCGUUCCACCUGAACUAUGCAACAAGGUCCGUUUGUUGAGAUCUGUAGAUCUUAGUUUUAAUAAUAUUGUUGAAAUACCAGUCGGACUUCCUCUAACCUUGCCACACCUUCAACACCUGAAUAUUAGUCAUAAUCAGCUGACUUUUCUUCCAGACUCUAUAUUCGGCUUUAUUCAUCUUCAGAGUUUGGAUUUAAGUUACAAUCAUAUAUCAAGUUUACCUCAAUCUUUCACUUCUCUACACCAGCUCAACAAACUAGAUCUUUCUCAUAAUUUGCUCAGGAAACCAAAAUCGUAUUUAUUGAUCUAUCUAGGCAACCUAGACAAACUUAGUGUAUUGUUGGUAGGGCGGAAUAAGUUUACUCCCGAGUUCCGGGUACUCUCAGAGACUGAGGGUUCGGAGAAACUAAUCCUUCAUUUACGAUCCUGUUUUUUUAAAUCACAAGAGGGGGAUCUUCCUUCUCAAUGCAAUAUUUUCAGACGAGAGCGUGGACCAGUAUUUGAUUCUAAAAUCUUGAACUCUGGGUCAGCUCAGUCAUUCUUCAAUCAGAUUCAAACUCAGGCCGUGAAUACUGGAAACCGUCUGUUGACACCUCUGAUCCCUCCGCCCCAGGCCACCACCCUGGACUCCGAGGCUAUCAAGGACAAGCUCCUGGGCAUGUUCUACGGCUCUGUGGUAGGGGACUGUAUGGGCGUGUUCACUCAGUCCUUCACCCCAACCCAGGCAGAGUUCCACUACCAGAGGGACUUCUUCAUUAAGAACAAGCUCUAUGUGGACGAGUACCGUUGCCACUUCAGCCGGGGGAGUGUGACGCUUGCCAGCCAGGUGGUGGGUGCAGUCCUUGACUCUGUGAUGGGGUGGGGAGGUGUGGUCGAUGAACUUGACUAUGCCAAAAAAUUACAUGAAUUGAUAAAAUCCUACGGGAAACCUCUCACCAGUUCUGUCAUGCAGGGGUUGGCGGCAAAGUCUAAAUUCAUUGUUGAUCCUACAGCUGCUGCUCGAGAAUGGAUGGAGCAAACUGAUACUGCCACGGAACAAGUAGUUUGUGAUAGUUUCUGUCUGCCUCCAAUGUUAGGACUGGUUGUGUCACAAUUUCAUGAUCUAAGGGAGAUAGAACGCAACGCGACAAGAAUAUGUAAAUCCACGCACGCAGCGCCAGAUAAUGUGACAGCAGCCAUUUUGCUGGCACAAUGUCUUGCCAAACUUAUCCAGGGUUUACCCCUGGACACUGCUCUAGAGGAAAUAGAAACCAAGCUGACCGGCUUAAAACCUGGCGACGAAGAGAAGAAUAAUAAUAUUAUUCAGAUGUCUCAUCCUCUCACCACACUGAAACAUCUGACAGAGUGUGUACGUGUAUACAAGAAUAAGGGAUUUAAAGCAGCAGUGAUUGUUAACUUGUUUAAAGGGGGAGAGGCAAGUGUAGGAAGUCUUGUAGUUGGAGCAGUUCUUGGUCUUGAUACAGGAUAUGCAAAUCUUCCAUCAGAUUGGCUGGAGGUCAUUGACCCAGAUUUUAGGUUGAUCCUAGACCGUAGACUUAAUACACUCUUCGAUAUGAUGGGCAUCCCCUAGAGACAAUGAAGAAGAAAAUUAUCA